AUGGAAAAUACGACAAAAAGAAAUGAUAAAGAAAGAAUGAGGUUAGGAUAUAAUGAAAUAAUGAUAAAGAGAAAAAAAAAAGAAACGAAUGAAUGUAAAAAUAUAGAAUAUACACAAGAAGAUAGAAAUACAUAUGGAACUACAAUACCAAUAGAAGUUAAUUCACUUGGAGAUAUAUGUUUUAGAUGGUGUGAUGAUAUUCAAUCAAUUAAUAUACCAAUAAAUGUUAGUAAAAUAGGAGAUGAAUGUUUUGAAUAUUGUACAUCAUUAAGAAUAAUUAAUAUACCAACAAAUGUUAGUGAAAUAGGAAAUAAAUGUUUUGAAAGAUGUUCGUCAUUAAAAUCAAUUAAUAUAGAAAGUGCAAAGUUUAUAACCACAGACAAUGUAUUUUUUAUGAAUAUUAAUGAAUUUAUUAUACCAACAUCAAUUACUAAAAUAGCUGAUUAUUGUUUUUAUAGAUGUUCAACAUUAAAAUCAAUUAAUAUUCCAACAUCAAUUAUUGAAUUUGGAUUUGAUUGUUUUUCAUGCUGUGACUCAUUGAGUAGUAUUACUAUCCCAACAUCAAUUACUGAAAUAGGUGACUGGUGUUUUAGAGAAUCUUCUAACUUAGUUGAUAUUGUUAUUCCAUGUCCAAUUGUUAAAUUAAAAAGCAUGCGUUUUAUCAAAUGUUCUUCAUUAAAAUCAGUUGAUAUAUCAGCACCAAUUGCUAAAAUAGAACGUGAAUGUUUUAAAGAAUGUAUAUCAUUAACUAACAUUAUUCUUCCAACAUCACUCUGUGAAAUAGGAGAUAAGUGUUUUCAAAAAUGUAAGUCAUUACAAACAAUUAAUAUACCAUCGUCAGUUAAUAAAAUAGGAAGUUAG